CGCCCGGCCGGACCCGCGUGCCAUGCUGAUGGGAGAGAGCUGGAGGAAAACCACGGAGGAGAUCGGCGCUGUCUAUGACAUCAAGGAGAAACUUGGGGCCGGGGCCUUCUCGGAGGUGUUCCUGGCCCAGGAGCGGGGCUCCCAGCGGCUGGUGGCCCUGAAAUGCAUCCCCAAGAAGGCGCUGCGGGGCAAGGAGCUGGCUGUGGAGAAUGAAAUCGCCGUACUCAGGCAGAUCCAGCACGAGAACAUCGUGGCUCUGGAGAACAUCUACGAAACCCCCACGCACCUGUACCUGGCCAUGCAGCUGGUGACGGGGGGGGAGCUGUUCGACCGGAUCGUCGAGAGGGGGCACUACACGGAGCGGGACGCCAGCCGCCUCGUCCGGCAGGUGCUGGGGGCCCUGAGCUACCUGCACCGGCUGGGGAUAGUGCACCGGGACCUCAAGCCCGAGAACCUGCUCUACGCCAGCCCCUUCGAGGACGCCAAGAUCAUGAUCACGGAUUUUGGGCUCUCCAAGCUGGAGUCGGACGGGGUGAUGGCCACGGCCUGCGGGACCCCCGGCUACGUGGCCCCUGAGCUCCUGGAGCAGAAGCCCUACGGGAAAGCUGUGGAUUCGUGGGCCCUGGGCGUCAUCUCCUACAUCCUGCUGUGCGGUUACCCCCCCUUCUACGACGACAAUGACUCCGAACUCUUCGCCCAGAUCCUCAAAGGAGCGUUCGAGUUCGACUCGCCCUAUUGGGACGGCAUCUCGGACUCAGCCAAGGAUUUCAUCCAGCAGCUGCUGCAGCGGGAUCCCGAGAAGCGCUACACGUGUGAACAGGCCCUGCAGCACCCAUGGAUCUCGGGGGACACGGCGCUGGACAAAGACAUCCACGGCUCCGUCAGUGAACAGAUCCAGAAAAACUUUGCCAGGACUCAGUGGAAGCGAGCUAUCAACGCCACGUCCUUCCUGCGCCACAUCACCAAGAUGGGGCAGGGCCCCGAGGCCGACGGGGCGGAGGAGGGGGCUCCAGCGGGGACACGCGGGGAAUGGUGACCCCAGAGGUGCUGGCGUCUGCAUGAGCCACCCAACUGCAUGAAGGACCAAACCCCAGCCCCAGCCCCCCCAGCAGCCCCCUCUGAAGCUGGGGACAGCCUGGGACCACAGCCCCGCCCCCCACCAGGCCACAGGCCCCCCGCCCACCUUUCCCAACUCGCCCCCUGGCCACAGGCCCCCCGCCUGCCCCAGAGAGAGCUGAGGCAUGGAUGGGGAGGGGCUAAAAGGAGAAAGAGCCCCCCCACCCCC